AUGCGUUUCCGUACUCUCGAGAUUCGGUGGCACGACAACAAGCCAAUCUCCACCUGCGACUUCCAGCCCGUUUCGUUCAAAAAAGCGCGUCCAACAGCUGGCCAGGAGAAGAAUUACGCGGGCCAGUCCUACAGACUCGCGACGGGAGGAGAGGACAACCAUGUUCGGAUAUGGAUGGUGCAUCCACAUAUUCGACCGCCAAACCUUGUAGCCGAAGCAGACCCAGCAGCAGCCAAUGCUCCCAGACCGCCACGGGUGGAGUACCUUGCGACGUUGAGUCGCCACUCAGCAGCCGUGAACGUUGUGCGGUUUUCACCAAAUGGCGAACUUAUCGCGUCUGCUGGUGACGAUGGAAUGAUCAUAAUUUGGGCAGCGUCAUCUAGUCCGCAAGCCGCGACCUACGGAAGCGACCUUACUGCAGAAGAACUUCAACAUGAAAAGGAGUUUUGGAAGCCGCGGACAACCUUCCGGUGCACAACCAUGCAAGUUUAUGAUUUAGCUUGGAGCCCGACCGGAGAAUAUAUUAUUGCUGGAAGCACAGACAAUACAGCCAGGAUCUUCGCAGCGGCAGACGGGAAAUGCGUGUAUGAAAUCGCAGAGCACUCACACUAUGUGCAAGGUGUUGCAUGGGACCCACUGAACGAAUACAUCGCCACUCAGAGCAGCGACCGUUCCAUGCACAUCUACCGCAUUUCAACCAAACCAGGAGGCGCGUUCGAAGUCCAUGCCGUCGGCAAGAACACACGCAUGCCCCAUCGACACAGCCAUAGUCAUUCCCGUACACCAAGCGCCCAUGGAGGUGCCCGACCUCGAAUGUUCCAUCGCGAGUCCACCACCAGUGACGUGGAAUCAUCAUCAGCUCUUGUCAUUGACGUUGAAGACCCUCUAUGCGCGAAAGAGUUGGCACCAUUAACACCAGCCACAUCCGUCGCAAGUACACCGGCCUUCAUGUUCCCACCACCGCCUAUCGAGGCAUCGUCUCGGAGGUCGUCGUUCAGUUCCAACGCCCCCGGCUCUCCAUCUACAUUUAGCAACAACAACAGCCGCUACGGCCGCUCUCCUUCUCCUAUGCCGCCCCUUCCCGCUAUCAGAAGCCCCCAGACAGCUGCUACGGCAGCCUUGUGGGCCAGUGUCAAGCUCUAUGGAGACGAGAGCUAUACCAACUUCUUCCGCAGACUGACAUUCAGCCCUGAUGGUGGACUCUUGCUGACGCCGGCAGGUCAAUUCGAAGAUCCAUCUGUCAAUCCACUUUUCACCAAGUUUGGCACCGGCACAGAAGAUGCUGCUCCUACCCGAGGGAGGAAGGGUCAUCCUUCCGAGUUGACGAGCUCUGCUCCAUCAUCUAAUCCGACGUCUUCCGUCUACAUCUAUUCUCGUGCCAACUUCGCCAGACCACCUAUCGCUCAACUGCCAGGCCAUAAAAAAGCAAGCGUCGCUGUUCGGUUCUCGCCGAUUUUGUACGACUUGCGGCCUGGUGUUACGAUGCCUGGCGGUGCGGAGAGCAACGACAAAGAGGGCAAGAAAGACGGCCCUCCGAUUGGCGUUCUUGAGAAGGGUGUCGAUGGUGUCAUGGACGUCGACGUAACUGGCCCGGUUCCGAUGACAGAAUCUCAGCAAGCAGCAGCGAUAGCAGGAUUGGCUCCAAGCUCCUCAGCCUCCCUUUUGACGCCUCAACGCACCCCAGCUUCAGUUCAUCUACCCAUUGCCACUCCUACUCCACGACCUGCAAUCGCCACUUCGAACUUCAUUGCUUCGUCUCCUGCUUUGUCGCCUAUGGACCUCCGACCGCCGACCCCGGCCGCCUCAAAGCCUUCCACGCCGGCGCCAUCGCACAAUCAUGGCUAUUCGUAUUCUCAGUCGCAAUUGCAAGCCAGUGGCAGUGGGCAUGGACAUGCUGCAACCGUAACCCAGACAGGCUCGGUCUUCGCUUUGCCUUAUAGGAUGUUGUUCGCGGUUGAAACGAUGGAUACGGUCGCAAUCUACGACACUCAGCAGGCUAGUCCAGUUGCUCUGCUCACAAAGCUUCAUUACGACGAGUUUACGGAUAUGACCUGGUCUCCUGAUGGCCAGUGCCUUAUCCUCUCUUCCCGAGAUGGCUAUUGCACUCUGGUGGUAUUUGAUGACAUCCUGCCAGCAUACCAUACCCAGCAACAUUCACUGCAAAUGCAGUCUAUCGCCAGUCACAAUUUUGUGCCGCUAACCUUGACCUCCAGCAACCAUCCCCAGUCUUCAAUGCAGACUACACCCGCAGCUACCCCAUCUUCAGCAACUUCAAACCUACCAUUUAUUAGCAGCACUCCAGUGUCGGCCUCGGCGUCCUCUUCGUCUGGUUCUCAACCUCCAGCGACCAAUCCAAAGAAGAGGAGCGAUCCUCCACUUACUCCUGCCGCAAGUGUGGAUGGCUCUGAAAGCAUGUCGUACUUCGCCCCAGGGUUGACUCAGGUGCCCCAAGCUAUGGUUGUGGAGGGACCGUCGACUGCAUCAGGGGAAGCGGAUGCUCCCAGCAACGUUGAUAAGAUCCAGGAGCCGCCGAAGAAGAAGAGAAGAGUCGCGUUGACGCGCGUUGGGGAUUUGGACUCAUAA